AUGUGCCUGUUACCAGCUGUGCAGAACCGAAAACCCACAUGGUCACUACAUCAGUUGGCAGAACUCAAAGCUAUUCUCAUAGCUGCAGUCAAUAUUCCUCUGGCUUUUCAGGCCACUCCAUGGAGGUUGAUUUCUGGGAUCUUCGGAGUAACCUGCCUUGUGUUGAUGGCUACUUUGGGAAUUUUGUUGAAAAAUAGAUUUACUAAACAAAGUAUUCAGUCAACAUCAUCUCCAGGACCCACCAUUGAACCCCAGGAAGGUCCUGGCUGCUGUUCUUGCCAAGAAAAGUGGAUCGGUUACAAAUGCAACUGUUACUUCCUUUCCGAUGAAAGAAAAACUUGGGCAGAAAGUAGGGAUUUCUGUGCUUCUCAGAAUUCCAGUCUACUUCAGUUACAAAACAGAGAUGAACUGGAUUUUAUAAAUACCAGUAGAUUUUACUGGAUUGGACUCACUUACAGUGAAAACCGCCAUGCCUGGCUGUGGGAAGAUGGCUCUGCUUUCUCCCGAGAUCUAUUUGUAUUCCCUCAAAGGACAAAUACAAAGAACUGCAUAGCAUAUAACCCAAGCAAGAAUGUUGUAGAUGAGCCCUGUGAAGAAAAACAUCGUUAUAUCUGUAAACAGCGGCUUAUCUAG